AAUGAAGCCCCUUUCAGGAGCUUAUUGACAUUAGCACACCAGUAGCGCCUGGUGCCCCAUGCUGUUGUGCACUUUCCACGUCUUUGCACCUCUGGAGAUCACAUCCCUGUGCUGGCUCUCACAAAAAAAUGGGAGUGAGUGAGACCGACCUUGAAUGGACCCCCACUUUCUAAGGACCCCAUAUCAGCUCCAUACUUUGCCUCUAUGUAUGUACGCACUUGGUGUUAAGGUUUCCCCAGAACCUGAAUGGUUGCAGUUAAGACUCCAUCUACAUGGACAAUGGAUCUUGUAACCUCAGGGUACGUCCACACGUACCGGAAAUUAUUGUGGAAAAGCCAGCAGCUUUUUUUUGACAGAAACAACAGAAACUGCUACAAAAACCGAUGUGAAGUCAGGAAGGAAACCAGAGGAGAGGAACUCGUCCAGGCAGGAGACAAGAGAAUUAGGAAUAAUUGAGGGGAGAAGACUGGUACAGUAGAAGACGGGCGGUGACUUCCAGAUCUCAGUAACGUUUGAAGGUUUUGUAAGGUUCCUUGACUUUGGUUCCCCUACCUGGGGCAUAAGAAAUGACUGGUAGAUACACUCAUGCUGUGGUCAGAGGGGUGCCCUCCUCUCUGGCACAGGAGGCCGAUGGGAAGGUGGACCUUGCAAGGGCUCAGAGAGAAAGUGGAGUCUUCUGUGGCAUCUUACGACAGAAACUAGGACUUCAAGUGAUGGAGCUUCCACCAAAUGAAGAUCUACCCCAAGGGCAACUUAUUGGUGACAUGGCAGUGGUAAUAGCAGACACAGCUUUAAUCACCCGCCCGUCAAACCCUGCAAGGAGAAAAGAGACAGAAGGUUUACAGAAGUUGUUUGAAGAGUUGAAGUUUCGAGUUUGUGAACUUACAGAUGAAAGUGCCACCUUGGAUGCCAGUGACAUACUCUUCACAGGUACAGAAAUCUUUGUGGGUUUGUCCAAGUGGACCAAUCUCCGAGGUGCCGAGAUGGUGGCGAAAACUUACCAGGAUUAUGCAGUCUCCACUGUACCGGUCGCAGGAGAUUUACACCUAAAGAGUUUCUGCAGCAUGGCCGGCCCUGACACCCUGGUUAUCGGCAGCAGCGACACUGCUAAAAAAGCACUCAAGAUGAUGGAGCAGCUGACGGACCACCAUUACGAGACGCUGACUGUGCCCGACGACCCCGCCGCCAACUGCAUCUACGCUCGCGUGGGUCCAAAAUCCAGCAUCCUGGUUCAUCGCAGUGCAGAGGAAUAUCCAAACAGUGUCCAGGUCUUUCAGAAGCUGACAGAUUAUACGCUGGUCCCUGCGUCUUGCACCGAGGUCUCGAAGAUCGGAGGCUGUCUGACCGCCUGCUCUAUACUGAUAAAUCGCAAGCUAGAGAUCUGAGUUGUCGACCACCUUGAGGCUAGUUGUCGGACCACCCAAACUGACACGGGGUUGUUAGUAUACAGGCAGCAGCCGUCCCUCUCGUAUCUCGCCGUACAGCAGACAUGUCAGUCUAUGGGUUUAUAAUGGUAUCAUACAUAUUUUACAGUAAUGCACAGUGCGUAUAUACAGAUCUAGGAUCAGGCUGCCUGUAGAUUUCCGUAGUUAUCUGGAAUUAGACUUUUUUUUUUCUCACAUCUUCCUAUAGGUGAGAGGAUCUAGCCCGACCUGGUUAAGAUAAUGGAGUUUAGUUAUCGUAGGCUGUCGACUGCAAUUUUUAGUGGCUUAUAUAGUUUAUUACUAAUCCAUAACUGAAUGACACUUCAGCAGGCGCAAGCCUAUUUGAAUGAUUGUUGCUGUAAUGUCUCAUGUGGCCACUAGAUGGUGCUGACAUGCACCUAGAAAAUGCUGUUUACUUUAUGGUUACAACUGUUGGUAUAAAAAAAAAUCUGAUUACUAAUGCAGGCUUUGACAGGGAAUGGCAUAACUGCUCCAAGAGGUUUAUUUUUCCCCAUCACUGCUGCCCCCCCCCCCCCCCCCCCCCCCAGUGACAAUACAUCUUUUAAUUCAUUGGGGAAGCAGAUAGCUUUGUCAGCACUCUUCUAGAUCUUGGCCAUAUUUUCUCUACCUCUUCCAUCUACUACAAUCAUUUCUCUCCUGUUUUCCUGUGCUGGCUUAACGUCCCUCAUUUGUCACUCCAUCUGGAUGUAUUGCAGGGAAAAAUCUGAUUAGUAAUGCAAACUGGCAUGGUCUGGCUUCUCCCCUUCUACCUGCUUGGUGCCAGUCAAGUUAUGAGCUCAGCUGAUCUAGUUUGACAGGUCUGUUGCUAGGGAUACACUGCCUGACAACCAUCAUCGCCUCAAUGUGAUUGUCGGGUAGCUGGUCCAUUGCAGCCUGGUUCGGAUGGCUUUGUUAUCAGCUUGUGAAUGAAAUGGCGCUGGGCAGAGGGCGGCGAAGAGGCCUAGCAGAACCCAACUGUUACUUUUCCUUACCACUGCUUUAUUAAUCAGAUUUUUGCAAUAUAGAAGGAGGUGGAAUUAGUAGAUGUGAUUACAUUCUGAGUUAUCAAUUUGAACUUUUUUGUAAUAUUCAGUACAGAAUGAAAGGGCAUCUAUGGAAAUAUGUCCAAAGGGGGAAAAAUAGCAGACUUUUCCAACCAAUCAGAUGUUUGCAUCCAUGUUGGGCCUAGAAUUUUUUGUAAGUGUAAUGCUAUUGUCUGCGCCGAUAAGGGCAAUGGUGGUGUUCAUAGCAAUAGAUCAGGUGCAAUCACUGCUUCUCUCCAGCUGCUGCAAACUACGUCAGCCUUCAGGGCAUGCUGGGGUUUGUAGUUCUGCACCAGCUGGAUAAUGACUGGUUAGAGAACACUUCUCUACAGCGAUGCACACCAAGACUGCCAAAGGGCGACAUGGCUAUUUCUACCUUGUACUGCCUUACCACUUGUCACAGUUGUCACCGUCUGCGGUCAUUCUGAAUGUAGCAGUCAUGAUUGUCGACGGCACAUCCUGGCAGUCCUAUCUUAGCCGGCGGUAUUCUGAUGUUGCCUUCUGGUGCUAUUUUUUGGUUGAAUGGGUGUUUUGGAGGGGAUCGACCUCCCCUGGUUUCAGAGAGUGGAUCUUCAUUUCUUUGUUUAUCUCGUCCCAUGCCGUUUGUACCCUCUCUAUUCUCUAGA